GACGCUGCUGUUGCUGCAACAAGGGGCCAUCGAAGGUUUCGCAGCUGCGGUAUAAAGCCGAGCCAGCCACCGUCCCCGGAACCAUGGGCAAGGAAGUCGUGCACGAGUCGUCCGCAGUUGUCCACCACCACCGCCACAACCACAAGCAGACCAACGGUUUCCACCGUGCCGCCAGCCACCAGUCACUGAACAAGAAGAAGCACUGCCAGCCCAGGGUCGUCAAGCAGCCACGCAGCGUUUCCAACGGCGCAUCCCGAACUUCAACCAUGAGGCACGACGCGAUCCUCUUCAGCAACCUCAAGCCCAAGGAGUUCGCCCAGGAAGUCGUCGGCAAGACGAACAAGAAUGACUUGGACAACCCGUUCUACAUCGUGGACAUUGAUGACGUACUCUACAAGGUAGACCUCUGGCGGAAGUCCGUGCCUAGGGUGAAGCCUUUCUACGCUGUGAAGUGCAACGACAACCCGAUCGUGCUCGAAGUGCUCGCUGGUCUCGGUCUGGGGUUCGACUGCGCCAGCCUGGCCGAGAUCGAGGCCAUCAUGUCGCUCGGUGUGGACCCUUCGCGCAUCAUCUACGCGCACCCGCAGAAGCACGUGACCUACCUGCACCGCGCGCACGAGCUUGGCGUUGACCUCAUGACCUUCGACUGCGCCGAAGAGCUGUACAAGGUCAAAGAGCACCACCCCUGCGCGCGCCUGGUUCUCCGUCUCAAGGUCGACAACAAGAAGGCGUGGUUCGGCAUGGGCGACAAGUUCGGCUGCUCCGAGGUCGAGGCCAUCAACCUGCUCCAAUUGGCCAAAGAUCUCGACUUGUCCGUCGUGGGCGUGUGUUUCCACGUGGGAAGCAGUAACCAGGACCCGGGAGCCUUCACCGGAGCCUUAGCCGCAGCGAGACGGACAUUCGACGCUGGGAGAGACCUCGGAUUUGACCUGAGGUUGCUCGACAUUGGCGGAGGCUACCCGGGAGAGAAGGGCUUGGAGACCGUCUUCCUCAAGACUGCGGACAUCAUCAACGCAGGCCUGGACAAGCACUUUCCAGAAAGCUACGGUGUCAACAUCAUCAGCGAGCCGGGCACAUUCUUCGUGGCCUCUGCCUUCACCAUCUACACGAAGAUCAUCGGCAAGCGGCUGAACGAAAACUAUGACGACUCGAAGCCCAAAGAACGCAUGUACUACGUCAACGAAUCUGUGUACAAAUCUUUCGUCGUCUCUCUCUUCAACGAUGAACCUGUCGAACCAGAGCCACUGCAGGACGUUGAAGGACCACUGCACCCGAGCAUCGUGUGGGGCAUCACCUGUGACGGCGUGGACAAGAUCAAAGCUGUCUGCAAGCUUCCCGAUCUAGCAGUUGGCGAGUGGCUCUACUUUGAAAACAUGGGUGCCUACACAAUCACCAUCAACUCUCCGUUCAACGGCUUCCCCAGUGCGGAUGUGCACUACCGCGCAAGCAAGAUUGUCGAGGACCACCUGCGGCGAAAGAAGCUCAUCCUUUCCAUCCUCGACACCGCUUGACAGGACCCUACCCGCUCCUGCACAGUACUCAAGUUUUUCCUGCCUUCACGGUGACCUCUGUAUCCACACGAGGACUGCAAGACCUGGCGUGACUGCCACAUGUGAGGGCCUUUCCCUCGCACAAUGAAAGUCGUUCGGAAGAAGACCAACAAGGUCAAAUCGAACGACACGCUUAGGGCAGGAGGGGAUUCCACAGAAGCUAGAAUAUAGCCGACUGUCCUUAAAGCGUAAAGCCAGUACUAUUUAAACUGUUCGCGGGAUUUCUUAUAAAGUGUGAAUGUGUAAAGAGAUGGAGAGAGUUUGCGCUGUUUGGAGAGUGACAGCUGCGAUAAUUUUUUUACUUGUUGCACGGCAUUUUUACCUUUUUACGAGCUUCGUAUGAAGCGAUGUCCUUAGUCACUUGUAUAACUUUUACUAGCAGAUUUUGCAAACACGUACGCUCAACAGAAGUGGCACGCAUCAUGUACCAACACUGCGAUAGUUUGCUUUUGAUGGGCUAAUACCAUAAUCAGAAGGCCUGAAAUGUAAGCUAUUGAUCCUCAGUCAAACAAUCAAUCAAUCAAUGCUUUACAAUGUUAAAAGAAGGUAUUUACAAGACUCUUUGGACCAAUGACCUUUUCAGCUAGUAUCUAGUCCAACACAAGAUCAGCGUAGGUCAGCCAUAGGCUCAUUCAAAAGUGGAUUUCAACUGAAAUUCGUUUAACAAAUAAUCGUACAUUUACAAAAAACAGCAUGAAUACCUCGGAAGCACAACCAUCAAGUAUAGCUUAAACAGAUGAGACCACCAAAGUUACGGGUUGCCUCAAUUUUCUUGGAGAGUGUGCCCAACGAGCUCUGAUUGAAGAAUUACAUGGUUUUAACUUUACAAUAAAUGUGUUCACUGGGCAUUGCAUCGAACAAUGCAGAGGUUUGUUUUAUGUCCUUUGACAGUGCACAUCAUUGCCAAUCCUGCUGGCUACCUGAAUAAAACGUUUUCUUCGAAA